AUGCUCUCGCUGGGCUUUACGCCACCCAUUUCCGUACUCCAAAGGCUCGACUUUUCUCAUCUAACGCGCGUAGACACAACCGUCUCAGUCCAGCGUGCUGAAGACUGGACGUCGCUUGGACUACUCUUGUCGUCCGCUCGUCGUUCCCUCGAGUCGAUAAAGAUUUACUAUUUGUACCGUGAUCCCCCACCAGCGCCUGCUAUCGUGCAUUCAUUCUUGCCGAACCUUAAAGAACUCGAGCUCAUCAUCACCGUCGCCAUACCACAGUACAAUCCCAACCACCCUUACCACCCAAUGAGAGACCUAGCUCCUACCCCUCAAACCGUCAGCUACCUCACCACUCAUCUGCCCAACGCGGGACACCCGUCCCUCGAAACGAUCAAGAUCCAACUCGAAUGGAUGGCGGACAUCGUAGAAGGCGUCACCCCUCCUCUCGGACAAGCCCGACUGCUCCUCGACCCAGGCUUACAGCCGGAAUGGCCUCCCCUCAACGCUGCGCUUUCCAACCCGGAUUCAUAUCCUCGAUUACGCUCGCUCGAGUUCAUCCCUCUUGUCACUGUGUACCCUGCGCGUACUGAAAGAGCCCCGGAUUUAUGCGCCUUACCCACUCAACGGGAGCUCAAGGCAGAGGAACUGAGGAAACAAUCGUGGUAUCAGUAUGCCCAGCAGGAGGUGCGAGAGAUUUUUACGCGAACGAGGAGGAGAUUGGUCGAGUCUGGGGGCUCUUUCGUCACACAUACGCCCGAGUUUGAUGCCUAUUUCCGAACAUAA